ACAAGAGAGUGAAGAAUCGAGAAGGAGGGGUUGCAGAAGGGAGAUUUUUAUUGGAAGCAGUUAAAGUGGUUGCUAUGAGACCUGCUCCAGCAAACAGAGGCACAGCAGCCAGCCUGAAACUGAUUGUUCUUAUCUCUUUUACAAAAUCUUUCUUUUUACACAGUUUUUGAGUUGUUUUAUAUCCUAGCAAGCACCUGACAGUGGGGUGUGUGUGUGUGUAUGUGUGUGUUUUCCCCAUCGUGCUCUUUCUUCCUUUCUUUCUCUCUACUACUUCUUCAAUCCUUGCUGUAAGAUGGAGAUAGAGAAUGAGACCAUCUGCUCCUCAGGCAGCUCCUCAGGAGGGUCCAGAGAGUACAAGGUGGUGAUGUUGGGAGCAGGGGGAGUUGGUAAAAGCGCAAUGACAAUGCAGUUUAUCAGUCACCGGUUUCCUGAUUAUCAUGAUCCCACCAUAGAAGAUGCUUAUAAGACCCAGGUUAGAAUUGAUGAUGAGCCUGCAUAUUUGGACAUUUUGGAUACUGCUGGACAGGCAGAAUUCACAGCCAUGCGGGACCAGUACAUGAGAGGUGGAGAGGGCUUCAUUAUAUGCUACUCUGUCACUGAUCGACAGUCCUUCCAGGAAGCUGCUGGGUUUAAAGAGCUCAUUUAUCAGGUCCGCCAUACCUAUGACAUUCCUUUGGUGCUAGUGGGGAACAAAAUUGAUCUGGAGCAGGCCCGGCAAGUAUCCACUGAAGAAGGCUUGAGUCUUGCACGAGAAUACACCUGUGCGUUCUUUGAGACAUCAGCAGCUCUUCGCUUCUAUGUUGAUGAUGUUUUUUAUGGUUUAGUGAGAGAAAUCCGCAAGAAAGAAUCUAUGCCAUCUCUGAUGGGAAAAAAGUUGAAAAGAAAAGACAGUCUUUGGAGGAAGUUAAAGGGCUCCCUGAAAAAGAAGCGGGAAAAUAUGACAUGACCACUUAGCCUAUGACCAACUGAUUCAUCCUCUCUCUCUCUACAGAGUUGAUCAGUCUGACAAUUACAGAUGUAGCAAAUCAUUAUACAACUUCUGACUGUCAACAUGAUUUUUCCUUUUUCUUCAACUGCCCAUAACUAAAAGCUAGAUCUGCAUAUAUGUAUUUCCUUAGGUGAUUCUGUUUUGUCUUUAAGAUUUUGAUGGAUUUUGUCAAUCUACAGAGUAGCUUCCUUAUUUUUUACAAUAUAUUACUAAAUAAAAUUGACAUUCCAAUUGCUUCA